CCGCAGCUUUCGAGCCUGUCCGAUUCCGCUUACCCUCGAGCCAUGUUCCAGCGUGUACUUGGUGGGGCUCUUCCGCUCGCAUUGGCAACUACUCUUUGUGGCUGCGGCGAAGAAGUGGUUGUCCCAGAGUGCUCAACCUUCAAUAAGAACGGUGUGGCGCCAGUGACCGAUUCGACGACUUGUCGCACCGCCUGCCGCACCGCCGAAGGACUCCGCGAGAUCAACGGUCAGCUCGAUGACUGGAAGGGCAGCUCGGGCUCUG